GGGCGCAGCAGGAAGAGGAGAACCAGAAAAACAAGAAACAAUAACAGAUGCAGACAGGGCAGUCGUAAGUCUUAGGUCAGGAACAGAUGAUUAGCCCGAAGGGCAAGGAACAGCUAUGUCAAGGUCUGUGAGUACAGAGUCCAUCAAGGGCACAGCAAGGUCAGUCGGUUUGUAGUUCCUGGUGAGGGCAUUGGGGUAAAUGGAGCUUCACGGUGACUCUGAGCUGUCGGCUUUAGCACCCCACUGUUUCUUUCCAACCUUUCUCCCAGUCCCUUCCUGAGAAAAUGAAGAGCUGACCCAGCACAGUGACAACAAGUUCUGUGUGAAACCACUUCAGCUCACGUUGGAAGAUGGAUGGCUCAGAGACGGAUUUCAACCUUAAAGUCGUUCUGGUCAGCUUCAAGCAGUGUCUCUCAGAGGAGGGAGAGGUGCUGCUGGACCACUAUAUCGCCAGCUGGAAGGGGCUAGUCAGGUUUCUGAACAGCCUGGGUGCCGUCUUUUCAUUCAUUUCCAAGGAUGUGGUCUCAAAGCUGCAGAUAAUGGAGCAGCUGAGGAACAGCCCACAGAGUGAACACUACACUAGCUUGCAGUCCAUGGUAGCCUAUGAGGUGGGCAACAAGCUGAUAGACAUAGACCGCCGCUCCCGUUCCCGUUACCCUAACUCAGGCUGCCGGACUGUGCUGCGCCUGCAUCGUGCUCUGCACUGGCUGCAGUUAUUCCUGGAAGGCCUGCGUACCAGCCCUGAGGAUGCCCGUACCUCCACACUCUGCAGUGACGCCUACAAUGAUACACUGGCUGCCUAUCACCCCUGGAUCAUACGUCAAGCCGUCACUGUGGCCUUCUGUGCCUUGCCUACACGCAAGGUGUUCCUUGAGGUCAUGAAUGUGGGGUCCUCUGAGCAAGCUGUGGAGAUGCUGGGAGAGGCACUGCCCUUCAUUGAAAAUGUGUAUGACAUCUCCCAGAAGCUCUAUGCUGAUCACUCCCUGUUAGACCUGCCCUAGUGGUGGUGACCAUACUGUUUGGCCUCCCCUGCUCAGAACUGGGUUUGAGUAACCCUGGGACUACUCCCACAGCAGUGUUUUCUGGAUGCUUCUGUCACCCCUGAAAGCUGAACUUAUUGAGAGCCUCAGUCUGUGAAAAGAACUGUGGUGGGCAGAUGAGCCGAGAGAGGUGGGUGCUAGUCAUCCACUUGGUCCAGGGCGAGACAAUUGAACUUCAGUUUUGCCCUUCACUUCAGUUAUGUGUGUGUUCAGUAGGCCUUAUUGAAGUUCAGAUGACACAUUGAGAAGAUGGGGGAGAGGGUCAAGCAUCUGCAACAACCCAAGGUUGCUCUACCUUCUGUGUGGAAUCUGCAAUGGUAUAAGGGCACAGGGCCCUGGAUCUGACAUUCUGUCUUCCCCACAGCCAACAUGCCCAGCCAGUGUAUACCCUCUUGUUCUCUCCGGCCUGAGACAUGGCAUUGGUGCCAAGCAAACACCCCCGGGGCCUACAUGCUUGGGGCCCCUUCAUUUUCCAAAAGUUGUA